AGGCGACAAUGGAGAAUGUGUCGGUCUACGAACUUUUUACACAUUGCACUUAUCUUUGAUCUUGUUGUUGCAUAAAUGGUGAUGGAUGGGCGGUAAGUAUUCAGAGCUUGGACUUGUAUGUUUGGGACUCACUUCAGAGCAGAACAAAGUAGAAGUAUGUCAACAGCCACAACAGAGAAAGGGGUGUUUUCUGGGGACCACUUAAGAGACGUUUGCUCAGCCUAUUCUAACGCGACUGGGUUCGAAGCUGCCAAAGAUGGUAAAGAUCUGGGAAGUUCAUAUUUUCAAAAAAACAAUGCCCACUGUCAUUCAAAAGUGGAACUGCAGUCACUAUCACAUCGCCGAAAACGUACUAAUUUCAGCCAACAACAGCUGGAUGCCCUUGAGCGAGUGUUUACCUCCACCAAGUACCCAGAUAUUUACCUCCGUGAGAGGCUGGCUGAGUUAACAGGACUGCCAGAGUCUAGGAUCCAGGUUUGGUUCCAGAACAGAAGAGCCAAAUCACGUCGGCAGAAGGUUAACUCUUGCAGCACCACUCAUAGCAGACCAGAGUGUUUUUCCAGCAGCAGCGGACUGUACCCAUUCCCACAUUCUCAGAGUAGCAGCCUGCAACAACAGCAGCAGCAACAACUGCACCAGUACCGGCAGCAGCAACAACAGCAACAUCAGCAACAACAGCAGCAGCAACAACUGCAACAGCACCAACAACAACAGCAUCAGCAACAACUGCAGCAGCAACAACAGCAGCAGCAACAACAACAGCAGCAGCAACAACUGCAGCAGCAACAAGAGACUACAGGCCAUAAGUCCACUUUUUCAAAUGUGUCUGCAUCUUUUUAUGGCACACCACCACUUGCAGGUGGUUCCACCACCCAGCAUCAGUUUACUGACAGCAGCAUACAGAGCUACAUUUCAUCAAGCAACUCCUUACCAAAGGAUCUUCAGCAUUACAAGGCAGUGGCUCAGCUCAUUGAUAUCAAGAAUGGCACUGAUGUUCUGGAAUCAUGCACCGACCAGAAAAGCAGAAAGCCCUUUGAAUCAGGAGAUCUCCUGUUUGACUUUGAUGGCUUCCCGCCAAACCGCACCAUUGGGCCUGAAAUGAAGGUGGUGAUUCCAGCUGUACCCCAGCAACCUGCCCAAGGUGGGAUGUGUGAUCUGCAGCAUCCUUAUCAGCUGCAGUCCCUAAAGUCUUCAGUCAGUGGUGGUGGCGGCAGUGGUGGUAGUGGCGGUGGCGGUGGCAGCAGUGGUGGAGGUGGGGGUGGAGAUGGCAGCAGCUGCAGAUUUCCCCCAGUUUCAGAAGCUGAGGACAGUAAUGAGAGCUUCACAGACUCAGGUUCUGACUGGGAGGAUGGCCCUGCUUGCAUGUCUACAUUUGGCAGUAAUUAAAAGAGAGGUUCAGUUGAAAGACUGUAAAAUAAAAUGCCUGUGGAGCUCUAUGUUGUACUGUAGGUCUAAAAAAGUACUGCAUUUUUAAACUUGCUUGUUACUGUGCUGUAAUCAUCAUGUGACUUUUCAGCAUGUGUUGAAAAUUCAAACAGUUUGAUUGGCUAGAAGUAUUUCUGAGCCACAUAAUUAUUACUGUUUACAGUUAUAUAUCAUAAGUACAUGAAGCCAUUCAAAUUUUAACCUAGAUUAUACAAGUGAAUGUCACAGUCCUGUUUUGUGCUACAUCUGAUUAGAAUCCAACCCAAACAAAGACUGGAGGUAUCAGUUAAGGAUUACAUGACCCAUUAUUUUUUACAGCACUGACAACAGGGACAAAAAUAUGCUUGCUUUUCUUAACUUUGGUUAUUUUCCCCAAGUACUUUAAACUCACUUCAUUUUAUAAAUGUUCAUGGCAAAGACUAGAAAGGGGCAAUGAAAGAGAAAGAAGUUCCAGAAAGUCAAGGAAAAGCACAGCAGCAGAAAAG